AGCACAUCAAAUUUCCCCUUCCUUCCAUGCAAUAUAUUCCACACUAAAUACCCAAACAAGCCACCCAACCAACCAUGUUUACCUUCUUCUCCCGAUCCCAAACAAGCGGAGGAAAAGGCGGCUGGCAGCGCAUCGGCCUCACCUCCGACUUCCCGGACAUAGACUCUCCGGAAAACAAUGGCGAUUGUCGGGUAACAUCGCAAUGCAAAGCUUUCACGAUUCCGAAAACACCCAUACCGGGUUCAAGCUCCGCACCGGUUGAAGCGGAGAUUGAUGGUCCGCUUGAGGAUCUGAAGGAUCAGGUUCUUGUGUUUAAGUAUAAGGGGAAAGUUCAUGCUAUUGAUCAUCAAUGUCCGCAUUCCUCAUUCCCACUGUCGCAGGGAAGCCUGUUUGACAUUGAGGAUUUUGGGAUCACGCUGAGUGCGGGGAUAACGUGCCCUAAGCAUGAUUGGUCGUUUGAUCUUUUCUCUGGGCAGGCGGAUCGGGGCAAUUACAAGCUCAAGGUUUGGGAGGUGCAGUUGCGGGAUCUGUCUGAUCCGAAGGAGGGUGGGGAUGAUGAGAAGGAGGUUUGGGUGAGACGCAAGCAGCGGAUUGGGUAAUUGGAAGGAUUGGUUGGUUUUGUUUGUUAGAGUCCCCGUUUAGAUUUUAUGGUAUGGUUGGCGGUAUAGGCACCGCCAGAAUGAUGCUUGGGCUGGACCCAAGAAGCUCAUGCGCUGGUGAAUGGAGUGUCCGCUGCAGAAGAAUGAUUAUGUUCGCAUAUGCUGGGGUUGGGAGCUGCAAGCGAGAUCUCUAUUCUAUAACGUCUGACUAGAAUGCUUUUUUAAUAGAC